AUCAAGCCAGUGUCAAGUGAUGUCAACAUCGGCUUUAGCAGAUGAAAAAUGAGAUGAUCUUAUAAAAAAUUAAAAAUAUUUUGAUCCUGAUUAAAGUCGUCGACAAAGUCGUACUUGUGUACAUUUUUCACUCUGAUAUUUAGGAAACAACGUAGUAUCUACGUUAUGGUAUUUUAAAAUUGUUUACAAAAUAGCGAUAAAUCGCCACCAUGAACAAUAUAAUAUCAUGGACCGCUGAAGACGAGGCCAUCAUUGCGACUAAUACGGACGCUACAGAGUGCAAGCGGUGCGCCGUUGAAUUAGGCUACUGGAAGGAUGAUUACAUAGUUUAUUUCGCGAAACAUGUAGACAGAAAAGCUCCCGAAAUAAAUCGUGGCUACUACGCCAGAGUAAAGGCCAUGGAAAUGUUUAUUCAUCAGUUUUUAGAGCGCUGUGGGACAAAGUGCCAGAUCAUUAAUUUAGGCUGUGGCUUUGACACUCUCUACUGGAAAUUGAAAGACUCAACACAAGCAGUUGGCAAUUUUAUUGAACUAGAUUUCCCUUCUGUAGUAGCAAAGAAAUCGCACAUCAUCAAACGGAAUAAGCAGCUGCUAGAAAAGAUAUCAAAUGAAGAUGGCGAGGUA